AUGAAGGUGAUUACUUGUGAGAUAGCAUGGCACAACAAAGAACCAGUGUACAGCCUGGAUUUCCAGCAUGGGACUGAUGGGAAAAUUCAUAGAUUGGCUUCUUCAGGAGUAGACACAGCUGUGCGGAUCUGGAAAGUAGAAAAAGGACCAGAUGGGAAAGCCAUUGUAGAAUUUUUGUCCAAUCUUGCUCGCCAUACAAAAGCAGUAAAUGUUGUUCGGUUUUCUCCUAAUGGGGAAAUCUUAGCAUCUGGGGGAGAUGAUGCUGCCAUUUUGUUGUGGAAAGUUAAUGAUAACAAGGAGCCAGAACAAAUUGCAUUUCAGGAUGAGGAUGAGGCACAACUGAAUAAGGAGAAUUGGGCUGUCAUUAAAACAUUAAGAGGGCACUUAGAAGAUGUCUAUGAUAUUUGCUGGAUGACUGAUGGAAAUUUAAUGGCUUCUGCUUCUGUAGAUAACACAGCUAUUAUAUGGGAUGUUGGUAAAGGUCAAAAAGUUUCCAUAUUUAAUGAGCACAAGAGUUAUGUACAAGGAGUUACCUGGGAUCCUUUGGGCCAAUAUAUUGCUACUCUGAGCUGUGACAGGGUAUUGCGUGUAUACAGCACACAGAAGAAACGUGUUGCUUUCAAUGUUACAAAGAUGUUAUCUGGUGUAGGAGCUGAAGGCGAGGCAAGAAGCUACCGAAUGUUUCAUGAUGACAGCAUGAAAUCAUUCUUUCGUAGACUUAGUUUUACUCCUGAUGGAUCUUUGCUUCUCACACCAGCAGGUUGUGUUGAGUCUGGUGAAAAUGUAACAAAUACAACCUAUGUUUUCUCUAGAAAGAAUCUUAAAAGGCCUAUCGCUCAUCUCCCCUGCCCUGGAAAAGCAACCCUUGCUGUCCGUUGUUGCCCAGUCUACUUUGAAUUGAGGCCAGUAGGUAAUACAGAUAAAGCUGCACAGGAAUCAGGAUCGGAAAUCAUUCACUUGCCCUACCGGUUGGUGUUUGCUGUGGCUUCCGAAGAUUCUGUGCUUUUCUAUGACACUCAGCAGUCCUUUCCUUUUGGUUAUGUAUCCAACAUACAUUAUCACACACUGAGCGAUAUUUCAUGGUCCAGUGAUGGGGCUUUCCUGGCCAUUUCUUCCACAGAUGGGUAUUGCUCCUUUGUGACCUUUGAGAAGGAUGAACUUGGAGUGCCAUUAAAGGAGAAACCCAUUUUAAAUGUGAGAACUCCUAAUACAGCAGAGAAGAAAGUCAAGAAUCAGACACACCGAGUGACUUCUCCAAGCCCCAGGCCGGUGGAAGGAACCCCUACCAGCAGAAAUCAAGACCCAAACCCUUCUGUCACACCCCUCCAGGCCAGGCAAUCUCCAGCCCAAGCCAUGAACAAAGACUCUCCCAUGAGUCCUCUUGGGGUUAGAAGCUCCCCAAAUCUGUCCUCAGAAGAGAAGAAAACUCCACAGGCUUGUAGUCAGAACACAAAGUUGAGCCAGCCCCGGAGAAUUACUCUGAAUACCUUACAAGCCUGGAGUAAGACAACUCCCCGGAGAAUAAACUUAACAUCCUUAAAGUCAGAUGCUCAGACGAGCAAUGCACAAGUUAGCACAGUUUCGGUCCCAUCUGUGGAAGUAUGUCAGACAGAGAUACCUGAAGACACUCUUUGCAAUUCUCCAGAAACAAAACGUCUCCGGUUCAGUGAAACACCUACCUCACCAUUUUCAGAAAAUGAAAAGAGCCGUGGCUUGAGCAGCUGA